UAUCCUCUUUAAAUUAUUAAAAUAUUUUUCACGUUCUUCUAGCUGUAAUAUCGUUUAUUCCCCGAGAAACACGGGGAUUGCAAAAGGGGUUGUAAGAAAUCCAAUCGAGAGCGGCAUUUGCGCAAGUUCGAUGUCUUUGGCACCGCGACGCUUUUCCGUGACACGUUUAGUUUCGCGCAGGCUUGCAAAGGUGAAGGACGUUCCGACCACAGGUGAAAUUUUGAAUCUCUGCUAAAGGACGCACGUCUCAUGAUAACUCAGACGAAAAACCUCGUGAAGGAUUCUACCGGCGAUAUGUCCACUUACGAAAGGCCGGGUGAAAUGCAUCAUCUAACGACGAUAACGAGGGUAAUAGGGGUGUGGACCGCUAUUGUUGUGUGCGGCGUCGGCGCGGAUGUGGCAUACCAUCGACACGUCAUGGGGCUUUACGUUACAGCGGCGUCGGCCGUGAUUUUCUUCCUCGAAGUAACUUGGGCCAUCACGUUAUUCGUGCAACUCUGCGCUAGGAAUGAAGAUUCCCUCUGCCUGCAUUGCUGGUCCGGUGUCUUGGCGGUUACGCAAGGCUGGCGAAGAGCAUUGUUUUACCUACCAUUGUCCUGCAUCCUGGCGUGGCGACCCCACAGACUUUGGCUAUCCUACGUUGCGGCCGGCUUGUUGGCGGUGCUGUCUUUGCUGCAUAUUGUAUGGAGCGCGCUGGGACGACGAGAUCCUUGCCAAUCGAGUGCCAGCACCGACUCGGUCGGCGAAAGCCUCUUGAACUCCAAGCAGGAGAAUUACGAUCGCUUCGAGGAAGUCCUGGUGACGGAAAUCUUCGACAGCGUGUCAGGACCGGGACGCUGCCCCGGGGAUAGCGACGGUGAGAUUUGACAGGAGCGAAGGCUCUCUUGGGCCAGCGACUCCGAAGAGGACAGUGAUCUUGAACAGAAAACGUGUCAAAUCGCCACGUUGUCCUAGGUCUUGGUAAUGGAUCAAAGAAACUUCCGCGGCUUGAUUUCAUUCUGUAUCAACCAUGGUCAAUCAAUGGUCCUGUUUAUAACAAAAGUAAAUGCAGUAAAUGAGCAAGGUCAAGAUAAUAUCUUCUAAGGUCGAAUACUUUAAAAGACAAAACUGCAAGUUACAUAUAUUGUGCGAGAUUUAGUCAUCCCACAGAAAAAGGAAGAUCGAGCAAUUCUCAAUCUGUAAAAGAACAAUUGCGAUGACGUAAAUGUAGGAGAGAUUAUGAUCGUGUGCAUGCGUCAAAGAGUAAAUGUGUGUGAAUAUUUUUCUCAGCUAGACAUACUUGUCAGUUAUAGAUAAUUUUCUAUGCAUUAUGUAUUUCAGACGGAUACAAAUAUAUAUGUAUCGCGUAACACACGUACAAAACAACUAUAAAACUUUAACAAAAAAAUUAUUUAAUAUGUCAUUAAUUUAUUGUAUACACGUAAAUCAUUAGUGCUAAUAAAUUAUUUCUAAAAUAUUCUUCACUGUGAAUCGUUAAGUGUUUACAAUUCUAAAUGUAAAAAAUUCUUAGGUGCUUUGGUGCUAUUUCAAUUCUUGAACAUCUCUCGUCCACGGUUGCUCACUAAAAACAGGUUUCAAAACUAGUUUUAAUCGAUCUCAGUCAAAAAGUUUCUGGAAAGUGUGCAUAUCUCGAUUUCUAAAUUGGCUACAUUAAAAUAUAAUACAUGCACAGAUUUGAAUGAACAUAUCACAUAUUCGUAAAAAAGUUUUCAUUACUUGUAUUAAACUGUUAUUUUUCGCGUUUUAUGAUGUCGCCUGCGGUUCCAUUAGUAUUCUAAAAAAAAAAAAGGUUGUAGGUCGCCUUUUACGAUCAAAAGUGACAACUUACAAAGAAGAAAAUUCCACAAGGACGUUGAGGUGCAUAACUGGGU